CAAGAGCGAUAGAGAGGCAGAUAAUAAACUCAUGAUAUUUGUUGUUCGCUAACCCCUUCAGCAGUAACCCCUCGAAUAUUCUCUUUGGAAACGUCAACAUCACUGAUGAACGCUACGUUUCCUUUGCGUUUCCGAACGAAAUUUUCACAUAACCCACUUUAUUUUCUUGAAUUGUAUUGUGUUGUGUAUUUUGGUAUGUUUGUGUCGUAUUUUAACUCGUUUCGCGUGAGAAAGAAUUUACAAAACAGACAGGUGGUGUAAUUUUCGAAAGAAUGUCGUAGGUGAACAUAAGUAUUGUUCCUAGUGAGUCUCUAUUCCAAAAAUUAAUGGAGCUGAAGGUCUGGGUCGAGGGAAUACAAAGAAUUGUUUGUGGGGUCACGGAAACUACUACUUGUCAGGAUGUAGUUUUCGCACUAGCCCAUGCCACUGGUAAAGUAGGCAGAUUUACGCUGAUUGAACGGUGGCGGAAUAACGAGCGUUUACUGGCUCCUCAAGAAUAUCCUUUGAAGAUACUAAUGAAAUGGGGAGAGUAUUCCAAUGAUAUUCAAUUUAUUUUGAGGCGAUCUGAUUCUGGUAGUGGUCAGAAGUCACAAGCAAACAAUAACUCUAGAUCUCCAAUUGGAAAUGGGAGCCAUAACACUUCAAACCCCAACAUUCUAGACAACCAAAACUCUCCAAACAGAAUAAACCCUGGAGCUGCUUACAAUAAUAUAACUAACACCUCUCCGGGAAAUCCAGUGGGUGUGGUUAAAGGCGUGCAACAAUCCAAGACUCCAGAGUCCGAAAGUCCAGUACUUAAAGAUGUUCCACCGUAUAGGGAGCCACCUCCACCCUACCGGUCACCACCGCCUCCAACGCAGUCCCGCAAGUCGCCGACCCGCUCGCGUCCGCGCUCCUCGCACAUGUCCCCAGUGAACCUGCCCGAGGAGGAGCUCCGGAGCCCUGAAGCUGUCACCUACAACAGCCAGUACAGGGAGCUUGUGUCGCUUGUCAACUAUCAGAGGGAGAAGCUCACUACGCAACAAGCGGAUCUCAUUAAGUAUGAUGCUGAAAUUGGUUUCUGGGAGAACAAAGGAAGGGAGCAGGAGCGGCAAGUGGAACUCCUGCAGCAGCAGAUCAGCUCUGCCGAUAACCAACUCAGAAUAAGUACUGAACAGGUGCAAGCGUUAACCUACUUAGAAGAAGAGAGUGAGCUCGUGAAACAAAACGAGAAGACUCUUAAGUCGGAGAUAGUGCUGGUGCGGUCGAAGCUGGCCAACUGUGAGACUGAGCUGCUGCAGUGCAAGAACAAGAUCCGGAAGAUCAUGGAGGACAUUCACAAUGAGCAAAGGAUUAUCAAUAGCAGACAGCAGGAGAAUAGGCAAGCUUUAGAAAGAUCAAUGUUGGCUGAAGUAGAAAAUUUGCAAACUCAAAUUCAACAAGCAAAACAUGCAACAGAAAUAAACCACUUGACAGCUGAAAACUUAAAGCGCGAGGUUGGAGUUCUAGAAGACGCUAUAAUGGAAAAGAAGAGACAAGUGGAGCGACUCGUACAAGAAAUGAAAGAAGCUAAUCUUCAAAGUCUAUCUGGCAGUGUAGACGAACUUAGACAUCCUCUUGAUGGAUUAUGUAAAGCUGGCAGUGCACGGAGAAUCAUAGGGUCUCCUCGGCAACUGGAAAAUGCUGCACCCACCAAUAAGAAUCCUCAUGGGGUAUGGGUUUAGCCAAUUCACCAACUGCACGAUUGCCCGACUGCCCGUGCCCCUACAGGGUCCAUUUAAUACGACAAAACCCCUUUUUUAUCAGAAGAUAUUUUAAAUUUGGCUGAGUUUAUCACACCUAAGUUCCUAUGUUAAUAGCUGGGUCCACACAGAACGAGGCACGUCGUGAAGCAAUGUGCUCGCGCGGCAACCGUUCAGUGUAUAAGUGCUGUCGCACAUGCACAGUUGCCAUUAUGGUAUUGAAGAGGUGAUGUUAAGUUUGACCAGCUGAUAUGUUUACGACAAUUUACAUAGUCAUAAAGAGUGGUAAUUAUUGUUGUUUAACUAAACGUUUAGUUAAAUUAUUAAUAUGUACUACAUUUCAUCUUGAAAAGGAUAAGUAUGACAAACUCGAAAUGUCUCGAAUGAAACGGACAUGUAGGAGAUGGGGUAGAGAAUAACCGUGCAUUUUCUUCAAAUGUUUUAGAUGUUAAUUUAGUGGUAUUUGUGUUCAAAGUAGUGUCAUAUAAAUUAAACUUAGGGUCACAAAUUGUGUCUUAUCAUGUCAUAUUUUAAUUUAGGAUCAUUAGACGAAUUUUUAUUAACUAAAUAUAAAAGUUUUACACUGGAAUUUUCUAUAUUAAAAAAAGUAUUAUCGUAUCUUGCCAUCUUCAUAAAGUAAUCAUUCUACCUUUAAAAAUAGGACUUUAUAGAUAUUCUUCGGAGGGAACAAACAUACUUACUCAAAUAUCUCAUUCAAUGUGUAAGUGUCAUAUUUGCGGUUUAAUUAUAAGUGCAAGCAAAAUAUUUAAAAGAUUGAUAUGGUCACUUUCUUACCAGAUCAAGUAUUAUAGUAUAAAAAUAGUAGAAAUGGUACUAUUACUUAAAUAAAGGAACGCCUAGUUAUAUUUUCGUAUAUAUCUUAGGUUUUUUGAGUAGUUAAUGAAUAAUUUGCAAUACAGAUAGGUAUGUUUAAUGAUAAUUAUCUAGUCGAAAAUAUAAGCCAUUGCAAUACUUGUGUAAACCAAUAUAAUUAUCUCGUGUUAUAGUGAAAUUGAAACUUAAAUUAUGUCAGCAUUUAUGGGAAACUGAGUAUUUCAAAAGUAUUUAAUUAGGCCUAAUAUAUAAUGUAAUAUGGACCUAUAUGUUACUUUAAUCUCUAGGUACUAUUAUUGUGCGUGGUUUCUAUAAAAGUAGUUAGAAAGUUUGUCUAUAAUUCAUAUAUCAAAUAAAGUGAUUUAA